AUGCACAACGACAGCACACGCACCACGCGCCUGUGGUCCCACGCGUUUCACCCAUGUUCUCAUCUUAUCCCCAGUAACCACUCGCCCAGAGAAAUCCUCGAGCACUCAUCCUCUCGCUCGUGUCUCGCCAACCUCGCCGGCAACGCCUCUCGCUCGUGCCACCGCCCUCAUGUGUCGGCCUCCCUUCCCUACUCCCCGACCACCCGUCUCGCCCAGGGAUGGACCACUGUCGGCGGCCGGUUCCCUACUCCCCGACCACCCGUCUCGCCCAGGGAUGGACCACUGUCGGCGGCCGGCAGGAGCUAUAACCGGCAAUGCACGGGAGUUGACCCCGGCCAGCAAGGAGCUACAACCGUAGGACGGAGGAGCUACAACUGGCCACGCCGGGGGCUGCAAGUCUGCAACCGGCGGACAGAGCUACAAGCCAGGGGCCACAACCGACAACCACUCGUGCUGGAACCAACAUGCAGGGGUGCUGCAACCGGCAAAAGGGAGUCUGCCAAUGGCCAUGGGCUACGUCGAGGCGUCACUGUUCCUUUUUUUCUCCAGUGGACGGUGCUUUUCUGCUACCACCGGCGACAGGAUUUUGAUGCGACCAGUGAUUUUUCUAUGCCGGAACAUGCGGUGUGCUUGAUCCAUAGCGGCGCCAUGACGAAUAAAAAGUUGGUACCGGCGGAAUCAAAUGCUUGUACCGGCAAACCAAAAAGCUGGAACCCGCGGCAUCAAAUGCUACUACAGGCAAACAGAAAGCUAGAACAGCGAUUCAGAAGCUCCAUUGACAGAAGAAAAAGUUUCAACCGGCGAACUAAAAACCUGGAACGGGCAGAAUCAAAUGCUACUACGGGCAAAUAAAAAAGAAUGGUGUAUGCUGAAACUGGUGAAACAGUGCUGCGACGGCGGCGCCCACGCCGGCACGGCGAUGUGCUGGGACAUGGUGUCUUUUUUUGUUGCAACUGGCAGGGAGUGGGCUUCCAUGCGGAACCGUAGUCCCUGAGAUGGUUGGCUAGAGGUAGAAGCUGUGACCGGCGGCAAGCAGCCGAGGGCACUGUUGGGAGGCGUCGAGGUGCGAGCGGUCGGCGGCUAUGCCCUCGUCGGAGCCGCGCACGGGGAUGGAGUUGCGUGUUGACGAGACGGGUUUUUUUUCAUGCGUACAGGACGAGCUAUGCCGUGUGAAUUCGUGAGAGAAGAAAAGAAUCUGAUGGUCCUUGCUAAUCUAA